AUGGGUAAGAUUCAUAAGGAAUUUGAAAAUGAACUUGAGGUUGAAAUCGAAAUUAUUGUCGUUAAACAUCAAAUGCGAAUUACUGGUGAAAAAAUGAAAGUCAUACAGUGUGAAGAGAAGAUAAAAGAGAAUUGGAAAACCAUGCCAAAAUUAAUUCUGCCGACGUCAAAUAAGGGAAAUAGUACAGUACCAGAAUGUGUCAUCUGUAUGAAUGAUGCAAACUAUUGCUUACAAGGUUGUGGCCAUCCAUACUGCCGUGAUUGUCUAAUACAAUAUUUAUCAACAAAAUUUGAUACCUCACUAGGUAAUGAAAAAUUAAAAAUUACGUGUGUGGUUGACAAAUGUAAUUCUCUAUUAUUAAUACGUGAUAUUAAAACGAUAUUGGGUGCUACAAAUCUUUCUAAACUAGCACGCGCAUCAUUUCAAGCAUUUUUGAAAACUGAUAAAGAUAUGUUGCGAUGCAUAGGAGACGAUUGCAAUCAGAUCUACCGUGAAUCUAAACAUCCAGAUUCUUAUGUUUGUGAUGGUUGUUCAAAAAUGUAUUGCGUUAAAUGUAAGGUUGAAUAUCAUACGGGUGUAACAUGUGAAUCAUAUCAAGAAAUGCUAAAAAAGAGAGAAGAAGAAAAUAGGCUAUCAAAGGAAGCUAUGGAAACUCAUGGUUAUAAACCGUGUCCCUCAUGUAAAGCGUACAUUGAAAAAACAGAUGGAUGCAAUGCAAUGAGAUGUAAUUGUGGAAUUGGAUUCUGUUGGUUAUGUGGAUUUACGGCUCCAAGAGAUGCUCAUCCUCAUUUCGCUGAUAAGACGUCGCCGUGCUAUGGCAAAAUUUUCGAUGGGUCCAACAUGAUUCCAGAUGAAUAA